AGCUGUACGGGAUAGGAGGAGCAGCAGGGGGUGGCGGGGGGUGGAGGGACACAGAAUGGCGUGAGGACAUAGGCCGGUGGUUGGUUUGAUCGGAGCCACGUGUGCGUCCGGCAACGUCUCUUCCGCCGCUCCAUGGAUGUCGACGAGACGCUGGCUUCCCAUGCUGCCCGGUCCCUUCUGUCUCGUCGGCCCAGGUUUCUGAAGAAAAGGCUGUUUAUGUAUCCCUAAAGAAGUUGAGCAUCACUGUCCUCCAGCUCAACAAAAGCAUCAAAGUCUAAAAGAGGAACCUGGACAAACUGAUUGUACUGAUUAUUAGAGAAUUCCUUCAGGCGGUUCAUAAAGAAACUCUGCAUGAAGAGGAGAGCAUUUGGGAUUUAUUGGUGAUGCUUUCGUCCUGCCGUAUGAUGCGUUUGAAACAGUGGUUCAACACAGGAAACAUGUUUUCAGUCGACAACACCAGGCAGCCAUGAUCUCGGCACUUCCUCCAUCUCCAUCCUCAGCCAUGAGGUUAACUCUAAGCUGAUAGUAUGUGAUCAACUGCACUGCGGCCCAAUAUUCUGCUUCGCCCUCAAUAAAACCAGCCGGACUUUUUAAAAUCAAUGUUUUGAAAAUGGCAGCCGACAGUUUCCAGCCCCGGACCGAGGAUGAGCUCCACCCAGGUGAUCUCCCCACGCCACUGUUAGCAUCUCUCCACCUCGGUGACGAGGCUUCGGUCAUGGAUGAGAGCAUGACUCACACAGAGGAUAAUCCUGAGCCCUGUCCUGCCAUGAUGUCAUCGCAUCUUAACCAAUCACAGCAGGAGGUUGGGCCUGCUCCACCGGCAUGCCAAGUUUCAGAGUUCUUGGAAACGGAAAAAGGCCAAAACAACACAGAAAUGCAGUCUCUCACACGGACACUGGCUCCCGAGGAGAUCUGCUCUCAUGUUGAUCAAGACGAUUCGCAUCCUUCCCUGAAAACCAACAUCAGCAAAGCCGGAGAUACUCACCUGGAGAGCAAUUUAACCAAAGCUAUGGCCACCGCUGACAGCAGCGUUGAUGAACAUCAGUUGUCUGAAGCAGAGUGGUACUGGGGCAAUGUCUCAAGAGAUGAAGUAAAUGAGCUGAUGAGAAACACUUCUGACGGCACGUUUUUGGUUCGAGAUGCUUCCAGUAGGGUUAAAGGGGAAUAUACUCUGACACUACGAAAAGAUGGCUACAACAGGCUGAUAAAAAUCUUCCAUCACGGGGGUAAGUGUGGCUUUUCUGAGCCGCUAACCUUCCCCUCUGUGGUGGACCUGAUUCAGUAUUACCAGAAGAAGUCAUUGGCCCAGUACAACUCCAAACUGGACACACGGUUACUCUACCCGGUAUCCAGAUAUCAGCAGCAAGUUGCAAUGGAGGUCGACAUUGAUGCAGUUGGGGAACAGUUGAAAAUAUUUCAUGAUCAAUAUAAAGAAAAGAGCCAAGAGUAUGACCGGCUGUUCGAGGAGCUGAACCAAACCUCGCAGGAACUCCAAAGCAAGCGAACCGCCAUCGAAGCUUUCAGUGAAAUCAUUCGGAUCUUUGAAGAGGAGUGUGAAACCCAAGAGCGCUACAGCAAGGAAUACAUUGACAUGUUCCUCACAUUAGACAGCAGCACAAAGACUGACAAGUUUCAAAGCAACUCAGGCGAAUUACAAUCAACAGUGGAAGAGAUCCACAACAGCAAGAAGAUGUUGGAGGAGGAACUAAGGACGAAGGCACUGGCUCACAUGGAGGUGGACAAGAAAAUAAACAGCCUGAAGACUGACGUUGUGCAGCUCAGGAAGAUCAGAGAUCAGUAUCUACUAUGGUUGAGCCAGCAAGGCACACGGCAGAGCCAAAUAAACAACUGGCUAGGGAUAAGGGAUGAUGAAGAAGACCCAUACACCCUGGAAGAUGAUACCCACCAAGAGGAGAGGACAUGGUAUGUUGGUGGAAUGAGACGCAAAGAGGCGGAGGAGCUGCUGAAAGGAAGGAGGGAUGGGACAUUCCUCAUCAGAGACAGCCAAACCCAGAGAGGCUCCUUUGCCUGCUCUGUUGUGGUGGAUGGGGAGGUGAAGCACUGUGUGAUCUACAGGACGUCCACAGGCUAUGGCUUCGCUGAGCCCUACAACUUGUACUCGUCGCUCAGGGAGCUGGUCCUCCACUACCGCCACACGUCACUGAUCCAACACAACCAGCAGCUGAAUGUAACCCUGGCCUGGCCCGCUCUCAGCCCGCCGUCCAGCUGAGACACACCAGCACGCCACCCUGAUUCCCAAAGUUUCACAGUAUGAGCACAGACGACACACCCCGCUGGACACAGUUAAAUAAAAACACAAUGAGCCAACAGAGUGGACCGCUUUUCCAGGAGAGUUUGAGGCUGAUUUGCUCUCAAAUGUCCACACUUAUAAACAGAAAAGCUGCUGAUUACCAACUUUUCAUUACAAAAUACAGAGACAGAUUCCGUUUAAAGCCAUAAUAGCUGUCAAAAUAUGCAAUAUUUCAAUGUUUUUGAUUUGACUUUUAUGUAUAUAUGAACCAGCGACUCAGAAAGGAAAAAAGCAGGUAAAGAAAAUGUAUCAUCUAUGAUAAGAAAAUAACCUUAAAUGUGCAUCAUUACUACCAGACAUCUGCUGGUGAAUUUGUAAUAAAGAAGCAAGGUCAGCAGGCUCCAUGGUUGGUUUUGUUGCCAACAAUUACAAGUCGUUUGUUAAUAUUUGAACAUUGAUUUCGAAAUUUAAUUGGUAAAAUAUUCCCAGAAUAUACGUGGGAUAACACUGGAAUCAUAAAAAUUGAAAAAAAUGUGUAUUUUUGACAGAUAAUAUGGCUUUAAAUUGUGCAUUUAUUGCUGUGCCUCUUGAAACAAUCAUUUUACUGCAGUGUAUUAAGUCUGCAGUAGAUGCGAACUUAAAUCUCUGCUUUUUUUCUCUUACAAAGAAGAUUUAUAUUGUUUAAAAUCUUCUCAUUCACACAUAAAGCAUGUCAAAUUAAAUUUGAUUCAAGCCGUUAUCGUUCACAAAAUUCAACAGUGAAUUGAGCGUUUUGUAGCAGAUAGAAAAACUGCGAAAAUUCUGAGUCAUCACCACACGAUUCACAAGUUACCAAUUUAUUUAUUUAUUUUUGCAAAAACAGGGUUCAUUGUGAUGGAGUAAAACAGUCCACUAAUAUCCACCUUUCAUUACACUCCAAUAAAAGCACAGUUGUAGUUAAAUUUCACUUAAAGGGGUUUAAAUUUCUGACUGAGUAAAAAUAAGAUGUGUAAUCCAUUUAACUUCAUGUUUUAGAUAAGCACAAUUAAUAAUUAUGAUUUCAAACAGUAUUAAGGUUCAACCAAUAAAUCCCUCUGCACAGUAUUUAAACUAUGUACUUAUAGAAAGAAAAAGAUGUGUAUUAUUCUCCAAUUAAAUUCUUCUUUUAGGUUUCCACAAUCUGAGCUAACUCCCUCCAGAGUUUCUAUAUUUCUAUAAAUCCCAUGUACAUAAUAAUCAGGGCGGUGGCUGUGUUAAAGGUGCUUCUAGUGAAAUUAAGCUCAGGAAGGGACUCUGCACUCCAGGUGCAUUAUGGGUACUGCAGGGACUGAGGAGACACUCAAGCACUUUAUCCAAAACGAAACAAUGUGAGAACACUGGAUUAGGCCAGUCCAUUCUGAACCCUGUUCUCAGUUGAUGAAAUGUUUUGUAUUACUAUUUUUUUCCUUUAAUUGUUUUUUUAUUUUCAUUUGGAUUUUUUAAAUUAGACAAAACAUUAGGAAGACAAAAGGUGGCAAACAUGUUGCGUCUAAGCUGCAAACAGCAACGGCUGGUUUGUAGUUCUGUAGGAACUUGUUGAAAAGGUGCCUUUAGGAGUUUUAGUCCAGCUAUAAAAAUUUCUCUUACAGAUUAAAUUGGUUUUAGAAACAGACUGUGUGUAGUUGAACACUUAAUUACAACACUACAGUAACAAAGUUUUUUUAUUUUCAAUUAUUUUAUUAAGUAAACUAUUGAAGAUGCCAUAUUGAAUUAACAUCACAUUUGAUAUGACAAAUCAAAAAUGAAUCAUAUUUAUGGCUUUCAUUUGAUGACUAUGGCCAACAGAACAGAGUCAAGACAUCUAGAGUAAGAUUUUAAAUUAAACUGCUUAAAAGGGGUUGUCACAAGUAUUGAUGUUUGGUACUAAAAUCUAUUUAUGUUCUUUAAACUACUUAAAAUAUUUACACUAACAUGUUCACUUUAAGCUCCUAAAACACAGCACAAUAAGACAACAACUUCUAUAAAUGGGUUUUUCUGUAAAGUACAACAAACUCUCUGUUCACCGAUGUUAUUAUUGUUGAAAAGAACUGAUUGGUUAAACUGGUGCUUUAAAUCUGUAGGUUAGUUUUUAAAAUAUAUAAACAACAAAGGUCAAGUGAAACCAUUUUCUGCUUCUUAUAAGCCACAGUUUAACCUGAAGUUCUCAUUUAAAGGAAACUAAUCCUGCUUUGUAGAACCAGAAUUAGUCAAUUAAAACACUCCUGGAUUUGUUUCCCUGAAUGUGAGUGGGACAAAACACUUGUCAAAAUGAGGACAAGCUGCAGAUGAAUGCCAUCUGUUUUUAAUUUUAAAAAAACAACUGUUGCUGAGUGACUUAAAGCAACAAACAACAUGUAACGGAAAAGAGAAUAAGCUUCAAAAUCUACACAAGGAAUUUAAGACUGAAUUUUAAUCAGUUAUGAACACGUGACAACAUGAUAUUUAGGAGAACUGUGCUGUCGGUACAAACAGCAACUUGGCUAACAUUGACGUGACGACUCGCUCGCACCAGGACCAACACUUAAUAAUCGCAUCUUAAGAUUUCUGCACGAUUUGUAAAAUGUGAGACAGUCGCUGCAUCUGUUGGUGGCACAGAGCUUUGAGAAAGGCUACAAUCAAUACCAUUGAGUUUAUUUAAUUUAAGUAUUUUGUUUGUAAAAAUCAAAAGAAACAAAUCUAUUUGAACACAUUAGUUUGAUUUUUCUUUUCAAGUUUUAGUGUGACAUACCUUUGAAGAGCUUUAAAAUAAUGACUACCUCAGUGUGAGGUAAACCCAAAAGCUGAUGGAGCACUGUGUCUACAUAGUUUCAUUUUCUUACUUUAAAAUUGUUUUAUUUUAUUAAAAGAAAAAAAAAUGUUUACAUUUGAGACCUGUCCAGGUGAAUCCAGCUCUGGGUGGGUUUAGGUUUGUAACCCAGAGACUUCUGAUUGUGCGGUCUGUGUGUGGAGACGACGUGCUGCUUGUGAAUUAUUCAAAUUUACACAAGGGUCAAUACAAACAGAGUUUCUAAUUUGUCUUGAGCAUUAAUUAAAACAGAAUAUUUAUGAGUAGUUUGAUGGUUUGAUUAGAAUCAUUUUCUGUACUUUUGUGAGUACGUUUUGAUGCACUUCUCUAUUAAUGGUCAAAUAUGUGCUUGAUUGUCACGGCGUACUUUCACUUGAUGUUGUCCGUUUUGUUAGACUGUUACCUGCCACAACGCGAGUUGGGCAGAUUCCAGCUUUUUUGGCUGUGACAAGUUGUAAAAGUUGCAUGCUGUUGUGUACAAGCUUUUCUAGUUAGAAGUAUUUGCUAGGCUGGGUACUGUUUAGAUAUUAGUUUGAUUAUUACGACUGCACCACCAGCUAUACAUAUAUAUGUUUCUUUCUUCGACAUUCUGUACAAUUCUCUGUUUUCUUUUUCAUUUCCUCCCCUUUUAUCUCCUUGACUUGUGCUUGGCAUAGUUUGCUGUAGUUUUUACUUUUCCUAUCACUUGCCAGCCCAAUGGUACGAGUCAGGCUGAGGUGUCUGAUUGAGGUGUUGCAACCAGAUCAGUUGCUACAGCUAAAACAGUGACAGCUUCACUGAAAAAGAGAUGUGACAGUGAAAAAUCAAAUACUGAAAAAAGAAACCGUCACAUUGAAAAAUGUAUGAAGAUACUCUCAUUUUAUGAUGUCUUUUGGAUGAGACUAGUUUUCAAUGCCACUGCAGAUCUUUUUUAGUUGCGUUGUCACGGCUAGCUGUCACCGUUACAGCGUCAGGGGGGUGGAGUCAAACAGAACGCUCCUUCAUGGACUUUCUGUUUUAUUGUGGAUGGAAGGUUCAGGUUCAAGUACUGCUCCUCAACCACAGGUAAGGGUCUUCUUUUUAUGAUUAUCAUUAUUAGCUAUAUAAACCAACAAGUGAUUCAGCUUUGCUUUUAAAAUAAGCUAAUUCGUGACUUAUAUUUUAAAGACACAAGUCAGAGCUCACUUUAGCCAUUCGCUAACUUAACAUGAAAAGUUCUCAAGACUUGUUUAAAAUAUUUGUGUUUACCUUUUUAUCUAAAUAUACAUAUUACUACAAGACCCCAGUUAUUGUAUGUCCCUGUUUUCAUAGGAGCUUAUUUAUUUACUUCCAACAGGUUAAAAUGGCCAUAUAGCACCAAGUAUUUUAAUAAAAACACAAAAAAAAGGCACAGCAGUGAUUGUCACUAUUACACAGCUGAGCAGUUAAAUUGUAAACUAACAACUAAAAACAAAGUUUCAAUUGUUCACUUUAACAGCAGAAGUUUAUAAGCCAACUUUAAUUAUAUUAAGAAUUACUUACAACAACUCAAGAGUUAAAAGCAAGUGUCCUUGCUGCAGUAAACGUAUGGAGUUAAAACUGAAUCACUUGUCAGUUUAAUACAGCUAAUAAUGAUAAUAAUCAUAAAAACAAGACCCUUACCUGUAGUUGAGGAGUGUUACUUAAACUUGAACCUUUCAUCGACAGACCUUAUAAAGGACGAGCAGUGAAAACCGAAGGUCUGUGAAGGCAUUCUGCUUAGCCCCGCCCCCUAAUGUCGCUUGCAUUGAAAACGUAACUAAGAGAGCUUGGCGGUCGCAUUGGAAUUUGUCUCAUCAAAAAAUGAAUAAAUAAAUAGACAA